CUCAUAACAUCAGAUCUGCGAUGUCAAGAUAUUAUAUGUCUAUUUAUGAAGUGACAUGGGAUGAAUGGUGUUCUUGUUCUCAUUCGAGCGUCUCCUAUCCGAGCGAAAAUGGCUUAGGGCGAAAGAAUAUGAUUCUGUGCUAUGAUUUAGGUAGGCCAUCUUAAUGGACAGUUCAGCAUCAUGUUGGUUUCCUUGAAACUAUACUCCGCCAUCAGUUUAACAUGAUACAGCGUGAUCCUCUUCUAUAUAUAACGCGCCGUAUAAACGUUCUCCAACACGAUGGAGCUUCAAGCUUGGCUCGACACCACUUUCAAUUGUUACCUUCUUGUACAUUUCGCUCAUGGGGCAUUUUUGGAAUGUCAAUAUGGCUACUACUGGUUAACAGCGUCUCCAGGGCACGAAUAUACAUGGGAUGUAUAAUCACAGCUCUAUACAUCUUUGCCACAAUCGCUGCCAUUGCCUUAUGGAUCUCUUUUAGGGAGGCUUUUGUCUUUGGAACAUCUUUCCGGGCGCGAUACGAUUUGGUGGUUUCAUCUGUGUUGUUGGACACUAUGAGUGAGAUAGCAGAAGCACUGAACUUUAUAAUUGCAGACUGUAUUAUGAUGUGGCUGUUUACUUCUUAAUGGUCGCCUUUUAGAUCUGGCGUUGUUGGGUUGUAUGGGGACACGAUUGGAAAGUAGUGACCACUCCGAUUUUUUUCGUCAUCACCGAAAUAGUCUGCGGAUGCAUUCUUAUAGUUCAUCAGAUCAAGGCCGACGAUUUUGCGAUAGAUUUGGCUCUACCCACCAUGGC